AUGUAUCGCUCUUUGCAUCGCUCGGCCCUGUCGCUGUCGGCGUUUGUUCGAUGGACUGCCACGAACAGUUACCUUAAUCGCCACAUUGGCCCCUCAACGGAAGAAGCGUUGUCUAUGCUUCGAGUAGUUGGCAAGGAAAGUCUUUCAGAGCUCAUGGCUGCCGCUAUUCCAGAAAGUAUUUUGCGAGACCCGUUGCGAGAGUUUCCGGCUAUGAGCGAGGAGGAUGCCCUUUCACUUGUCCGGUCACUGGGCUCACGGAAUAAAGUGUUAAAGAGUAUGAUUGGGCAGGGGUACUAUGAAGCUAUCACUCCACCUGUCAUACUUCGUAACGUCAUUGAAAAUCCUGCCUGGUACACUCCAUACACGCCCUACCAGGCUGAAAUAUCCCAAGGCCGUCUGGAGUCGCUAUUGAAUUUUCAGUCUGUGAUUACAGACUUGACAAAGAUGGAUGUGGCCAAUGCAUCCCUCCUGGAUCAGGCUACUGCGUCUGCGGAGGCAAUGCAUCUUGCUUAUCAGUACGGCCGGAAGAAACGCACGAACUUCUUUGUCUCAAAGGAUGUUUUUCCUUCCUGCAUUGAGAUGGUAAAAACAAGAGCAGAACCAUUGAACAUAAGCGUUGUAAUUGGUGAUCCCAACCUGAUUGAUUGGGGUGAUGCUUCCCUCUGUGGGAUUUUGGUACAAACUCCAGAUGCCAGCGGAAUGCUUCACGAGUUUACCUCCUUGUUUGAGAAGGCAAAGCAACACAGUGUGAUUGCUUGCUGUGGGACGGACUUGAUGGCCUCUGUUCUUGUGAAACCGCCAGGAGAAAUGGGGGCCGACGUUGUUGUGGGCUCGGCCCAGCGUUUUGGUGUACCACUAGGAUUUGGGGGACCUCAUGCCGCAUUUUUUGCUGUCAGGGAGGAGUUGAAGCGACUGAUUCCUGGACGCAUUAUUGGGGUAAGCAAGGAUUCAGCGGGUGAUCCGUCGGUGCGUAUGGCACUGCAGACGCGGGAGCAGCACAUUAAGCAUGAGCGCGCCACAUCCAAUAUUUGUACAGCACAGGCGCUUUUGGCAAACGUUGCGGCGUUUUACGCCAUUUACCACGGCGCGGAGGGCCUGCGAGAGAUUGCGAGGCAGAUGCAUAAAAAGGCCAAAAUACUUUCAGUUGGUUUGGAGUCUGUGGGGCAUGCGGUGGUCACGAGCGCAUUUUUUGACACCCUCACCGUAAAUUUGAAAGGCAUCACGCCGGAGGACUACGUGACACGCUGUGUAGAAAAGGGCAUUAAUAUUUUUGUCAACUACAGUCAAGGCACCGUCUCCAUCUCUGUGGAUGAAGCUACCACAGAGGGCCACGUCGUGUCGCUGUUGGAGGCGGCGGGAUUAAAACUACCUGUGAUUGACGCACUCUCCAAACUAGCAGAAAAAAAGAGCGCGUUGCCGUUGCCAAUGCUGAGAACGUCCACCUUUCUUGGUCAGGGAACCUUUCAAAGGUACAAAAGCGAGAGUGAGCUUAUGCGGUAUAUUCACCGCCUUGGCCGUAAGGAUUAUGGUCUCACGCAUGGCUGUGUGCCGUUGGGUUCGUGCACCAUGAAACUCAACCCUGCUGCUGCCAUGCUGCCCCUGUCAUGGUCAGAAUUUACCAACCUUCACCCACUUGCGCCCACGGAACAAACACGCGGGUAUAGUACCUUGUGCCUAGACAUGGAGCAAAAGAUUCGGGACAUCACCGGCUUAGACGCCGUCUCACUUCAGCCCAAUAGCGGUGCUCAAGGUGAGUACGCUGGUCUUCGUGUGAUUCGCGCCUACCACCUCUCAAAAAAAGAGGGCCAUCGCAACAUUUGCCUGAUUGCAGAAAGCGCGCACGGCACAAACUUUGCUUCGGCCCUCUUGGCAGGAAUGACGAUUGUCAAAGUCAAGUGUUUAGCCAACGGCAGUAUCGACAUGAGCGAUUUGGAAAAUUCAUGCAAGAAGCAUAAAAGGAAUCUCUCGUGCAUUAUGGUAACGUAUCCAAGUACAUAUGGUUUGUUUGACAGGGACAUCUUGGACAUAACGUCGAUGGUACACUACCACGGAGGGCAGUGCUACAUUGAUGGCGCCAACAUGAAUGCCAUGGUGGGCUAUACAGCGCCUGGAUACAUUGGGGGGGAUGUCUGCCAUAUUAACCUUCACAAAACGUUUUGCAUUCCUCACGGUGGUGGUGGUCCAGGCAUGGGACCCAUUGCCGUUCGUCAACACCUUGCUCCUUUUUUGCCAGAUUCCGUUUUUAUUCAAAAUGUUGGUGGAUCACAACCUUUUGGCCAAGUCUCUCAAGCAGCGUACGGAUCCGCAUCCCUUCUUACAGUCUCAUACAUGGCAAUGAUGAUGCUCGGUUCGCGUGGUCUUAAGAAAUGCACAGAGUAUGCGAUUCUUAACGCCAACUAUUUGAAGAAGCGCCUUGAAGGCCACUACCCAAUCCUUUUUCUGGGGGCAACGGAGCUAUGUGCACACGAGUUUAUUAUUGAUUUGCGACCAUUCAAAAAAACAGCAAUGAUAGAAGCAGAAGAUGUGGCCAAACGACUUAUGGAUUACGGUCUUCACGCCCCGACCCUGGCGUUCCCCGUUGCAGGCACACUCAUGGUUGAACCUACGGAGUCGGAGUCCAAGCGUGAGAUGGAUCGUUUGGCCGAUGCACUUAUUUCCAUUCGUGGGGAAAUCGCAGCCAUCGAGAGGGGAGAACAGAGCAUCACUAACAACGUUCUCAAGAAUGCCCCGCACACGGCCAAAUGUGUCACUUCAGAUGACUGGGGAAGACCGUAUACCCGCAAGACUGCUGCAUUCCCUUCAAGCUACUCCUACACGGAAAAAUUUUGGCCUGCCGUGGGCCGCAUAGAUGGGACCUAUGGGGAUCGAAACUUGAUGUGUACUUGUGUUUCUCUUGAUUCUCAUGAAUAA